AUGAAUGUGGGUGGAGUUUUAAUUUCUGGUAUACAUGCUGCUUUUUUGGAUGCUGAUAGAAAGGAAUUAUGGGUAGAGUUGGAGAAAAUGAAUGAGAAGAAGGGUGGAAGAGAACCUUUAAGAGUGACAAUGCAAGAUUUCCCUGAAGUGUUGAAUGUUUUCAAUUUAAUACAUGCUCCUAGUUCAUGUGGGGGUGAGAAGUAUUCUGAUCACAGUCCUUUGCUGGGUUCUUGUGUUAAUAUCCCUAAACUUAAAAAUCUUCCUUUUAGAGUGCUAAAAAUUUGGUUAGAAUAUGAGGAUUUCAAGAGAUUGAUAAAAGAAAUAUGGAAGGAGGAAGUGAGAGGUAAUCCUAUGUUUGUCUUUAUGCAGAAAAUGAAGAUUAUGAAGUUAAAAAUUAAGGAGUGGAACUGGGCUGUCUUUGGAGAUAUUAGAGUGAAAUUAGCAAAGGCAGGGGAGGAGGUUUUAGAAGCAACUUUAAUAUCAGACAAGAGUCUAAAUAAUAUUACCUUAUUGAAUAAUUUGGUUGUGACCAGAGGGAAACAGGAAAUUCUAACUCAGCAAUAUCAAUCAAUUCUGCAGCAAAAAUCUAGAGAGAAGUGGUUAAAGGAUGGAGCAACAAAUACAAUAUUCUUCCAUACAUCAAUUAAAAUAAGGCAAAAUGUAAAUGCUAUAACUGAACUUGAGGAUGAUAAUGGCACCAUCAGUACUGAUGAAUAA